UGCACGUGGAAGCAUAAUAGCCCAUAGCACAUAGCUCCAUACUACAGUGAUGCACACUAGCAUUACUUCCUCUACUCCCAAUUCAUGGGAAAAUCCGAUUUUUUAUUUCACUUUCAAAUUCGUAUUUCAAUUUCAUCGGUCGCCAUGUUUCUUCUUAAGACAUGGAGAUCAGUAGCAUUUGGGAUAUAUGGGUUCAAGAAUUUCACCAAAAAGGGUUUUCUGGAGCAUUCAAAGAAUUUCAGUUCAGAAGAUAUGCAAGCACGAAUCGAAGGCAAGAACUGCAUUGUGACGGGGGCGAAUUCUGGCAUUGGUUAUGCAACUGCAGAGGGCCUGGCUUCACGUGGAGCAACGGUGUAUAUAGUGUGCCGGAGCAGGGAGAGGGGCGAGGCUGCACUCUCGAAGAUUCAAUCUGCAACGGGCAACAAGAAUGUCCAUUUGGAGAUCUGUGAUCUUUCUUCCAUCAAUGAUGUCAAAUCUUUUGCGUCCCGAUUUUGUGUGAAGGACGAGCCUGUGCAUAUUCUGGUGAACAAUGCCGGUUUGCUUGAGCAAAACCGUCUCACCACCUCCGAAGGAUACGAGAUGAACUUUGCGGUGAACGUUAUUGGCACGUACGCCAUGACCGAGCUGAUGCUGCCAUUGCUAGAGAAGGCUGCGCCCGAUGCCCGUGUCAUCACAGUUGCAUCGGGUGGCAUGUAUACCGCUCCAUUGAUGGAAGAUCUGCAGUUCAGCAGCAAGGAAUUCAAUGGAGUCGAACAAUAUGCAAGGAACAAAAGAGUGCAGGUGGCGUUGACAGAAAAAUGGGCGGAGACGAACAAGAACAAGGGCAUCGGGUUCUACUCAAUGCACCCCGGGUGGGCAGAGACGCCCGGAGUUGCCAAGAGCUUGCCAGAUUUCUCAAAAUCGCUCUCGGGGAAACUUAGAACGAGCGAGGAAGGUGCUGAUACAGUGAUAUGGCUGGCUCUACAACCGAAGGAGAAGCUCGUCUCCGGAGGGUUCUACUUCGACCGGGCUGAGGCGCCUAAGCACCUGCCAUUCGUGGCCACAAAGGGCUCACAUUCUGCUAUAGACACCAUUCUACGUAAACUCCAUACUAUGUCCAACUUAUAGUCGUAAAAAAACAUGUUGUGCAGAGAGAGAGAGAGAGUGAAGAGUUGUAUUAUCUCCCAUUGGGAAAAAAUCUGCUUUUGAAUUCAUCAAAAACUACUAACACAGGUUGCUGCUCA